AUGGAAGAAAUCGCUCAAAGAAACCCAUUCGCCCGAGUCUACUCAGCAUACCACGACAAAAUGCGAGCUACACCCAAAUGGAUGAACCAUUUUGAAAGAUAUUACGGCGCGAUUGAGCCUUUUCAACCCUAUUUCGGCAGCAUCCCAGAAGGAAUGAGCCAAUCUUUCGAAUCGUUUAUCGAAUUCAUCGCGGCAAAUCGAGGCCAAGCUGGGCACAAUAUUCACUGGAGGUCUAUUUUCUCCCUUUGUUCUGCUUGUGCAAUGGAUUUUAAUUAUAUAACGCAUUUGGAAAACAGCGAAGAGGAAAUUCCAUCCUUGCUGAAGGAAAUCGGUCUCGAUGGAAAAGUUCAUAUCGGUGGGCAAUACACUUGGGAUGAAAGAACACACGAAAAAGUCAAGAAUCGAAGAGAUACAGAAACUACAGAAAGGCCACCAGAUGAACUUCACUGGCAAAAUGUCCCGAGAGAGACAGCUAUUGAGAUUUACAGACAUUAUUAUUUGGACUUUGUGCUUUUUGGCUACUCGACCGAAGAAGUCCUAAAGUACAUAAACGCAUCGCGAAAAGGGAUGCCUAGGCCGCCAACAUCCACGCAAAAAUAUCGAGGCAGAAUUUGA